CCCGGGCGCCCGGCCCCGCUUUCCCGCCACCCCUACCGCCCUGCGUACCCCCGUGCGUCCGGAGCGCCGCGGCGACACCAUGUUGGGCAUGAUCAAGAACUCACUGUUCGGGAGCGUAGAGACGUGGCCUUGGCAGGUUCUGAGCACAGGGGGCAAGGAAGAAGUCUCCUAUGAAGAAAGAGUCUGUGAAGGCGGGAAGUUUGCCACAGUAGAAGUGACAGAUAAGCCUGUGGACGAGGCUCUGCGGGAAGCAAUGCCCAAAGUCAUGAAGUACGUGGGAGGUACCAAUGACAAGGGAAUUGGAAUGGGGAUGACAGUCCCUAUUUCCUUUGCCGUGUUCCCUGGUGAAGAUGGUUCCCUACAGAAGAAAUUAAAAGUCUGGUUUCGGAUUCCAAACCAGUUUCAGAGCAACCCUCCAGUUCCCAGUGAUGAAAGCAUUAAGAUCGAGGAGAGGGAAGGCAUCACUGUCUAUUCCAUGCAAUUUGGUGGUUACGCCAAGGAAGCCGAUUACACGGCUCAAGCCACCCAGCUGCGCGCGGCCCUGGAGGGCACGGCCACCUGUCGGAGUGACAUGUAUUUCUGCACCGGCUACGAUCCUCCCAUGAAGCCUUUCGGGCGGCGCAACGAGGUCUGGCUGGUGAAGCUGUGACUCGCUGAGCCGAGCACGCCCUGGAACUGAGCCGUGUGCCCGCUGCCUCGCGGGGGGCAGUGCGCCUCAAGUUCCACCUGCAGCCCCAGCCUAACCAGCGUCCCUUCAAAGCCAGUUACUGCCAGCUUCCGGAAGUAAGCACGUUACUGUGCGCUGAGGCUCUUUUUCUCCUGGUCGGAAGUCACGUGGCAAGAAAGGCAGCAUCCUUUUAAUUGAUUUAGGAAAUUCCGUGAUAGAAAAACCCCAGCAGCAUUUUCCCAGCUCUCUGAGUCACUAAAAACGUAUUAUUAUUUUUUUUUUUACAUUGUUGAAUUUGUGUUUUGUUAUUAAGGGGAAAAUGUGAUUGGUAUGUGAUUUUCAUCUGUCAUUUUUGUAAGACCUUUGUCUAAAAAGAAAUUGAUAAUAAAGUUCUUUGGCUUACAACGCUGAAACAAA